CCAGUUUGGGGCCAGGAUAUAAAUCACCCGGGCAGGGCAGAGAGGAGCCGAGGUGGGACACGGAGCUCUGGGUGUGAUCCGAAGCUUCUCUCCUCCUUCUCCUCCAUUCCCGGGAUUCCCAUGGCGACUCCUUCCCAGAAAAGGAGCACCCGCGGGGGGGCUUCGGGGACCCCCUUAUCCCCGACCCGCAUCACCCGUUUGCAGGAAAAAGAGGAUUUGCAGGAGCUCAACGAUCGCCUGGCUGUCUACAUCGAUAAAGUCAGGUCCUUGGAGUUGGAAAAUGCGGGAUUGAGGCUCCGGAUCACGGAAUCCGAGGAAGUGGUGAGCAGGGAAGUGUCGGGCAUCAAAGCCGCUUACGAGUCGGAGCUGGCAGAUGCCAGGAAAACCUUGGAUUCGGUGGCCAAGGAAAGAGCUCGGCUGCAGCUGGAGCUCAGCAAAGUCCGGGAAGAGCACAAGGAGCUGAAAGCUCGGAAUGCCAAGAAGGAAGGGGACCUCCUGACAGCCCAGGCACGCCUCAAGGAUGUGGAAGCUCUGCUGAAUUCCAAGGAAGCUGCUCUGUCCACAGCCCUGAGCGAGAAGAGGAACUUGGAGACAGAAGCGAGGGACCUGAGGGGACAAGUGGCCAAGCUGGAAAGUGCCUUAAAUGAAGCCAAGAAGCAGCUGCAGGAUGAGAUGCUGCGGAGGGUGGAUGCUGAGAAUCGUCUGCAGACCCUGAAGGAGGAGCUGGAAUUCCAGAAAAAUAUCUACAGCGAGGAGCUGCGUGAGACCAAACGUCGCCACGAGACCCGUUUGGUGGAGAUUGACAACGGGAGGCAGAGGGAAUUUGAGAGCAAACUCUCGGAAGCUCUCCAGGAACUGCGGAGCCAACACGAGGCUCAGAUCCGACUGUACAAAGAGGAACUGGAAAAAACCUACGGAGCAAAGCUGGAGAAUGCCAAGCAAUCAGCUGAGAGGAACAGCAACAUGGUGGGUGCUGCCCACGAGGAGCUGCAGCAAACCCGGAUCCGCAUCGACAACCUCUCCUCCGAGGUCAGCCAGCUGCAGAAGCAGUUGGCUGCCAAGGAAGCGAAACUCCAUGACCUGGAAGACAUCCUGGCCAGGGAAAGGGAAAGCAACCGGAGGCUCCUCUCGGAUAAGGAGAGGGAAAUGGCUGAGAUGAGGGCAAGGAUGCAGCAGCAGCUGGAUGAGUACCAGGAGCUCCUGGAUAUCAAGUUGGCCUUGGAUAUGGAGAUCAAUGCCUAUAGGAAGCUCCUG